AUGAGUACAGCGACGGCGUUCGCGCUUCGGCCCUUGGAGCGGAAUCCGCCCAAUACUCCGGGCAAUGCGCUCGAGGGUGCUUUUCGAGUCCACCUGUCUCAAAAAGAGCAGAAGAAUCUUGGCCUCACGAACGGCGAUCUAGUUCGCCUGAAGACGUCCGCUGGGUUCAAGGGCUACGCUGUGGCCUGGCUCGCUUCUCAAACUAACCCUGGAAACAAGCCCAUCGCAAAGGUCACGGACCUUCUACGAGAGCAACACGAACUAUCACUAAACGAACCUAUCUUUCUUGAGAAAGCUAGUGACUCCUGGAAGCCUCUCAAGUCAGUGGAGAUUGACGUUGCAGAGUCUUCAGAGCAAGUAGCCAAGUUUGCUUCUACCGAGGAGCUUUUGUACUGGGUUCGGCAUGCUUUAGUGGAUAUCGACAUGGUCCUUCCUGGAUAUAGCUUCUCGAUACAACAGAAGGGACCAAAAGCUCAGCUAAGGGGACUCAAACUCCGCGUAACCGUGAGAAGCAUCGAGCCCCAACCUGACGGGAAGCACGCACUGUACUUCGAUCCCGUCAAGACUAAAAUCACCACUACGACUGAGCUUCCUGCUCAGCAGUCCGGACAGACUCCAUCAACUAUCCUGCAAGUCGAGAGCUUUGGUAUUGGAGGGCUGUCGGAUCACAUUGCUACAAUCAAUAAGAAUCUGUUCUUCCUCACAAACGCCGCAUGCACACUUCCUGACCCACAUCUCCUUGGGCCCACUGCAUUUCUUCUGCAUGGACCAGAGGGUACUGGUAAAAGCCUAAUCCUUGAGCGAUUAGCCGACUGUCCGUGGCAGGAGGUGUAUCGAAUCAAUCCAGAUGUCAACUCCAAAGGUCAGGCCAAGGCAAUCUCUGACACAUUCGAGGAUGCUCUCGAGAACCAACCCAGUUUGAUUCUGAUGGACAACCUGGACAAGUUUCUCGAAAAAGCAGAGUCACUAGUGACCAGACUAAGGACGGAGAUAUCAAAGUUGGAAGGCACUCAGGUGGUGGUCGCUGCGUCAGCUCGCAGCGUAUACGAUGUUGACACAAGUCUGCGCACAACCUCAGCAUUCAAGGUCGAACUGGAGGUCUUUCCGCCCAAUGCGGAACAGAGAGAAGACAUCUUUCGUCAAAUACUUGGACCAGAUCGAACACUCAAUAGCGUCAAUUUCGUUACUUUGGCAGAGCGCUCACACGGGUUUGUUGGGCGCGACAUUCACAAACUAUGUGGCCUCGCAAGAAAUCGACGAGUGCAGACGGUGUACGAGUCUCUGGACGAUAAUAAGAAGACAACUUUCGGGAGUGUUGUUGAGCAUAUGGACUUCGUUACACAGGAAGACUUUGACCAUGUUAUUGACCAAGUUCAACCGACUGUGAUGAAAGAAAGCAUCCUUGAAGUCCCGAAGGUUAGAUGGACAGAUAUCGCUGGCUUAGACCAUGUCCGCGCCCUACUUGAGGCCAUUACAAUCCGUCCAUUCAAGUAUCCUGAUCUUGACGCCAAGUUUGGCGGUCCUCAAUCGCGCAAAGGCGUACUCCUUUAUGGUCCUCCAGGUUGCGCAAAAACGUUGAUCGCCCAAGCAGUGGCAACUGAAUCCAACCAAAACUUUCUCGCGGUCAAAGGCUCUGAACUCAUAAAGAUGUAUGUAGGAGAAUCCGAGCGAGCAAUCCGCGACGUAUUCCGUCGCGCGCGCGCAGCAAAACCGUGCAUCAUUUUCUUCGACGAGAUUGAUUCGAUUGGCAAAUCACGCGAGAAGUCGCAAGACAGCGGUCUCAACGUUGUCGCGACGCUACUCAACGAGAUGGACGGUAUUGAAGCACUCAAAGACGUCUUUAUCAUCGGCGCAACAAAUCGCCCUGACAUCCUCGACUCGGCACUCAUUCGCACAGGUCGCUUCGACGCACACAUCCACAUCGGCCUCCCUACCCAUGAAGCUCGCCAACAGAUCUUGCAAAUCCACACUAGGAAGCGACCACUUGCUGCGGACGUCGACCUCAGUGUUGUCGCCGCAAAGACUGAGGGGAGCAGUGGAGCCGAUAUCAGCGGUCUAUGUUCUGUUGCUGUGGAAUUUGCAAUCUCGGAUUACGAGAGAGCACCUGAGAGCGAGCCGUUGGUAAGAAUGUGCCAUUUUCAACAGGCUCUGGAUAAACAUGUCCCACAUACGGUCGCGGAGGAGGCGGAGCGGUAUAAGAAUUGGAGGCCGGGCAAGUCGCUCUCAGAAGAUUGA